UCUAUCCGUCGCCAUUACCGACUGGAAUGAGAGGGGAGGGAGUUGCGCUCGGAUUACACGCAUACUACAAAUAUUGUUAAAAUUGGUUAAAACAAAUUGUGUCGAGAAUUACACGUAUUAGUCUCGUCGCUUAAAUGUUAAUAAUAUUUGGAAAUUUAUUCUGUGUUUAAAUUGUGGGAAUAAGGGAAAAUAUUUGGAAUGCCACCUCCUCUCUGUGGUGUCGGGAGCUGGGAGCGACCAUGUUAGGUAGGUGAUACCAGAGGGGAACUGCCCUGUAACAGGAUCAAGAGGAAAAAGUCAUCACCCCACUUCAGAGUGUGAUAUGGAAAUGCAUCACCAGUAGCAGAUGGAACUUCAUUCCUGAGUUGUUGGCAGACUUUGCUGAGAUUGAGAAGGCAAUGAGAGGGGCAAUAUAAUGGCCAAGAAUAAAGAGCCCCGUCCACCGACGUAUGCUGUCAGUGUUGUUGGGCUCUCAGGUACUGAGAAAGAAAAGGGCAACUGUGGUGUGGGCAAGUCCUGCCUAUGCAACCGAUAUGUUCGCCCAAGUGCGGAUAGCUACUACUCUGAGCACACUUCUGUGUUGAGCACAAUUGACUUUGGAGGGCGAGUGGUGAAUAAUGAUCACUUCCUAUACUGGGGGGAGGUUUUACACAGAGGGGAUGAUGGCCUUGAGUGUAGAAUUCAAAUCAUCGAACAAACAGAGUUUAUUGAUGACCAGACCUUUUUGCCUCACCGGAGCACAAAUCUGCAACCAUAUACUAAGCGGGCUGCGAUGACAAAAUUGCAGUCUGCUGAGAAAUUGAUGUAUAUUUGCACAGAUCAGCUUGGCUUGGAGCAAGAUUUUGAUCAAAAGCAGAUGCCUGAUGGGAAGCUGAAUAUUGAUGGCUUUGUCUUGUGCAUAGAUGUAAGCAAAGGAUGCAAUAGAAAAUUUGAUGACCAGAUGAAAUUUGUGAGUAGCCUUUACUCACAAAUUGCCAAGUCAAAAAAACCCAUCAUCAUUGCUGCAACAAAAUGUGAUGAGUGUGUAGAGCAAUACCUAAGGGAUGUCCAGAUUUUUGCUGCAAGCAAAAAGAAUCUCCUGGUGGUUGAGACAUCAGCUCGAUCAUCUGUCAAUGUGGAUCUCUGUUUUAAUGCUCUGACACAGCAAAUAGACAAAACAAGAGGCAAACCCAAAAUUAUCCCUUAUUUGGAGGCUUAUAAAACACAAAGACAAUUAGUAGCCACAGUCUCAGAUAAGUUUGAAAAGCUUAUUGUACAGAAUGUGAGAGAUUAUCACACAAGCUGGAAAAUUGUAAGCAAUACAUUGAAAAACCACCAAGACUAUGAGGAGUACAUCAACUUGGAAGGCACUAAAAAGGCUAGAAACACCUUUUCCAAGCAUAUUGAACAGCUGAGGCAAGAGCAUAUCAAGAAAAGGAGAGAGGAUUAUCUCUCCAAUUUGCCAAAAAUUUUUAACAAGUUGCUUAACAACCUAGAAGAGGUUGAGAACCUGAGCUGGUCAGAAGCUCAGAACCUUGUUAAGAGCAGGACUGAGUUUCAGUACUAUUUUGUUGUGCUAGAACAAACCCCUUGGGAUGAGACUGACCACGUUAACAAAACAGAAGACAGAAGAGUGCCCUUUGACAUCCUUAAAACUGCUGAAGGAGAGCGGAUAUAUCAAAAUCAUGUUCAGCAUUUGAUAUCUGAGAAGAGGCGACUGGAAAUGAAGGAAAAAUUCAAGAAGACACUGGAACGAGUGCAUUUCAUAAGUCCUGGCCAGCCCUGGGAAGAGAUCAUGUGUUUUGUCAUGGAGGACGAAGCAUACAAAUAUAUUACUGAAGCUGAUCGUAGAGAUGUUUAUGGACGGCAUCAGCAGGAAAUAGUUGAAAGGGCCAAAGAGGAGUUUCAGGAAAUGCUUUUUGAGCAUGCUGAGCUGUUUUAUGACCUCGAUUUGAAUGCCACCCCAAGCUGUGACAAAAUGAGUGAAAUCCACACUGUACUUAAUGAGGAACCCAGAUAUAGAGCUCUUCAGAAACUUGCCCCAGAUCGGGAGUCCCUUUUACUGAAACACAUUGGGUUUGUUUAUCAUCCCACAAAAGAGACUUGCUUGAGUGGUGUGAGCUGUGUGGAUCUGAAAGUUGAGCAGGUUCUUGCAAACAGACUUAUUCAGCUGGACCAUGGUCGAACCAAUAUUUACUAUAACAGUUCCAAUCUUGAUAAAGUUAAUUUGUGUCUUGUUGGUAGGGAAGGACUAGCUCAAGAACUUGCAAAUGAAAUAAGAGCUCAGUCCACUGAUGAUGAGUAUACCCUAGAUGGGAAGAUUUAUGAAUUAGACCUUUUGCCUGUUGAUGUAAAUUCUCCCAUGCUUUUGAGUCAUUCUUGGGUAUCAACUUUCAAACCUCAUGGCUUCUUCUGUGUCUUCAGCUCAAUAGAAUCACUUAAUUAUAUUGGUGACGGCAUAAGUCGAAUCCGAGCUGAGGUUACCCAGAGCAGAAGAGAGAGAUUUUCCCAGCCAUUGCCAUUUAUUCUCAUUUUAGCAAGUCAGCGGGACAGUGUUUGCAAAAACAUACCUAUUCUAAGGCAUCAGGGCCAGCAACUUGCCAAUAAGUUACAGUGCACAUUCAUAGACAUACCAUCUGGGACAUUUCCACGAAAGUUUAAUGAGUCUCAAGUAAAACAGGCACUCCGAGCAGUCCUAGAAGGCUUAAAGCACAAUUUUGAUGUGAUGAACCCAAUGCCCUCUAUCAAGGAUCUGUCUGAAACAGAUUUGCGGAUAGUUAUGUGUGCAAUGUGUGGAGAUCCAUUUAGUGUGGAUCUUAUUCUCUCACCUUUUCUGGACUCACAUUCUUGUAGUGCUGGUCAACCUGGCCAGAGCAACACACUGAUCCUUGAUAAAAUCAUUGGCGAAAGCCGCAGACGCAUUCAAGUUACUGUCCUCUCGUACCAUUCAUCAAUUGGAAUUAGAAAGGAUGAGUUAGUGCAUGGAUACAUACUUGUUUACUCUGCAAAACGAAAGUCUUCCAUGGCUAUGCUGCGGGCAUUCUUGGCAGAAGUCCAGGAUGUCAUUCCAGUCCAAAUGGUGGCCAUUACAGACAGCCAGGCUGAUUUCUUUGAGAAUGAAGCCAUUAAAGAGCUAAUGACUGAGGGGGAGCACAUUGCCACAGAAAUCACAGCAAAAUUUACAGCACUCUACUCCUUGUCUCAGUACCACAGACAGACAGAAGUGUUCACACCAUUUUUUAAUGAAGUUCUUGAGAAGAAGAACAGUAUAGAGAGCUCCUUUAUGUUUGACAGCACACGCGAUGGAACAGGCACCAGUGAAGACGUCUUCCCUCAGUCACCUCACAGUCAUUCGCCAGCGUACACAUAUUACCCUGACUCUGAGGAUGAUGCAGAGGGACCACCACCUUAUAGUCCUAUAGGGGACGACGUGCAACUGUUGCCUACCCCUAGUGAACGGAAGUAUAGAAUUGACUUGGAAGGGAAUGAGUACCCUGUCCAUAGCACACCUGUAGGUGAUCAUGAACGCAACCACAAAGUGCCUCCCCCAGUGAGACCUAAACCUGUGUUGUCCAAGCCUAAUGUUAAGAAGUUGGACCCCAAUCUUUUGAAAACAAUUGAGGCAGGAAUGAGGAGCACAAGGAGAGGACCACGAGGCCCAAUCAUGGUGCACAGUGAGGACCUUGAAGCAUCUGACAAUUAUGCAGAGCCAGCAGACACUCUCCUCAAAUCUAAAGGCUUCAAUGAUGACAUUUAUGCUGUCCCAGAAGACACCCAAAGCAGAAUAGUCAAGAUGCGCAACUCGUUUGGUGGCCUGAAUGUUCUUCAUGGUGAUGAAGAAAAUGGCUUUGACCGUAUAUCAAAGUCUCAAGCAGGAAGACGGCCCUCCAAAUACAAACAUCGUUCGAAGAUCCUUUUUAGCAAGACAAAAGCAUAUCAUAGACGAGUUCACUCUGAUGUUAGUGAUGAUGAAUCAGGACCAGCAGUGCAGAAGAAGAAGAAAGGCAGAGGAAACCGGGGCAGUGAAGAGGACCCUUUACUCUCACCUGUGGAUCCUUGGAAAGGAGGGAUAGACAAUCCAGCCAUAACCUCAGAUCCAGAACAAGAUGACAAGAAGCUGAAGAAGAAGAAAGCACCAAAAAACAAAGAACCCAAAAAGGUAAAAGUAAAGUCUACAAAGCCAUUGUAUCCACCAACUCGAAGAAACUGGGAAAGCAACUACUUUGGUGUGCCUUUGCAGAACUUAGUCACUCUCGAGAAGCCUAUUCCUUUGUUUAUUGAGAAGUGUGUGGACUACAUUGAACACACAGGUCUUACCACAGAGGGCCUGUAUCGUGUGAGUGGGAACAAGACUGAUCAAGACAACAUUCAGAAGCAGUUUGAUCAAGACCACAAUGUGGAUUUUAUGGCAAUGGAUAUUGCUGUAAAUGCAGUGGCUGGGGCGCUGAAAGCUUUCUUUGCUGAUCUGCCUGACCCUCUCAUCCCUUACAAUCUCCAUCCUGAACUAGUGGAAGCAGCUAAAAUAGUGGACCACAUCGAAAGGCUUCAGGUGCUCAAAGAAAUUGUGAGGAAAUUUCCUCCUGUGAACUAUGAAGUUUUCAAAUAUGUCAUCACUCAUCUCAAUCGGGUGAGCCAGCAGAGUAAGACCACACUGAUGACUGCGGACAACCUCUCCAUCUGCUUCUGGCCCACGCUCAUGCGGCCUGACUUUGAGAACAAGGACACGUUAUCCACCACCAAGCUCAACCAGUCAGUCAUUGAGAGCUUCAUCCAGCAGUGCCAGUACUUUUUCUAUGGCGGUGAGGUGACAGAGCCUUCGAGCGCUGAGGGCACGCCUCCUCCGCACGGUCACGGUAUGGUGGAGUCGCUGCUGGCAUUGCAGCUCCCACCGCCAUGCAGCCACAACCCAUCCAGCAUCCUCUGCCCUCCGAACCCCUUAUCUGACGCUCUGCUGCUCCACUCGCCGCCUCUCAGCGUCUCCUCACAGUCACACAGUUGCACUUUCGUGGGAGCCUGUUAAAUAAAUAAAAAUAAAAACAAACAAACAAAAAGGUGGAUUGUGGGGGAUGGGAGUGGGGAGGAGUAAGGCUGAAGCUUGGAAGUUCAUUUGUGUACUGAGAGGAAGCACUGACAUGACUGUUAUGUCACAGAUAUGCAUUUCUUUUGUUUCUUUAUCCUUUUUCACCCAAAUGGAUUUAUGUCACAGUGACCGAAAGGAAAAAAAAACGCUACAGUUUCAAUGUUUAUUAAAGAGAUGUGGUUAACUGGUCUGUCAUGGAAAUUAUUUAGAUUGACUGCAGAUAUUAGGAAGAUAUAUUUAUACUACAGUUUAUUGUUUCUUUGUAAAGACAAUGGAACUGUCAAUCAUUUGCUGAAAUACUACAUGCACGAUCUAUUUUAAUGGCUCUAUUCUGUGCCAUUUUUUCUGCCUGUUUUUCUCCCCAUCA